AGAAGGUGAUUGGACAGAUUUGUAGACUACUAAGAGCGCGAAAUCGGCCAUAUUUCUCUACUUUUCUCAAGUAAAAGCCCAAUUUUUUGACUCAAACAACAAUGUCUGGUCGCGGUAAAGGAGGAAAGGCAAAACAAAAGUCAAAAUCGAGAUCUAAUCGUGCUGGUUUACAGUUUCCAGUCGGUAGAAUUCACAGACUUCUACGCAAAGGUAACUAUGCCGAGAGAGUCGGAGCAGGAGCUCCGGUCUACAUGGCAGCAGUCAUGGAGUAUCUGGCUGCGGAAGUGCUAGAGUUGGCGGGAAAUGCUGCUCGUGAUAAUAAGAAAUCUCGUAUUGUUCCCCGUCAUUUGCAGCUAGCUAUUCGCAACGACGAAGAAUUGAAUGUUCUACUGUCGGGCGUAACUAUUGCUCAAGGAGGGGUCCUGCCAAACAUUCAGUCUGUUCUUUUGCCAAAGAAAACUGGCAGUAGCGCCAAUCCGUCAAGCCAAAGUCAAGAAUAUUAG